ACCCUGUGGUGCCGCUGGGUGCGGCCGCGUCUGAGGGCGCCCCGGAGAGGCGGAGGACGGGAUGGCAUUCCCUCAGGGACAGUGACCCGUGUGGCUGCCGGGCGCCUCGAGAGCCUGUGGCACUCCAAGGACAAUUUCUUUUUGUGAAGAAAUCAGGCAGUGCCGCGAAAUUACAUCGGAUGUAACCUUGCUUAUUUUUUCGUAUUGUUAUCAACACAACAUAUGCAAACUCUUUUGGGCUGCCAACUCUCAUCUCUUACAUCAAGGAAACUGAAUCAUCUACCUUGGCCUACAAAAAUUAACAGAGCUUGUAUAAAUAUAUUUUGAUGAUGUCCUUGAGAUUUCUGGAGACACAAAGAAGCAGGAACAGGGCACUGGACAACUGUUCAGGCCAAAAGCAGCAGAGAAUACUGACAAGUCCAACAGAGGAGCGUGCAGAAAUGUCUCCCUUCGAAAAUAAAGGACUAAUACUGGGCAUAAUGGCAGGGACUGCUGGAUUAAGCCUGGUGCUGGUUUGCUACCGCAAGAUCCGAAAGCCUGGUGCAGCUGUGCGUAUUCGUGCGUUCCAGGAUAUAGGUAACAGAGUUAAUUCAGUGGGCUUGCCAAAUGAGGCUCCUAAUGAACAAGGAGCAGUAAUGGUUUUACAUGGAAGGCAACUGCAAAUACUAGAAAAAUUGAAUGGCCUGCUACUAAGCGUGGACGAACUGAAGAGAGAGGUGGAAUUUCUGAAAGAAGCUAUUCCAAAACUUGAAGAGCUUGUUCGAAAUGAGCUUCAAGGAAAGGGUGAUGUUCAGAGAGUUAGCCCAUCGCACAGAGCAGCAAGGCGGAGAAAAGCAGAGACAACUUCUAGUGCAAGAGAAACUACCAGCUCUGAAGAGGCAGAAAGUGAAGGAGGUUACCUUACCGCUCAUACUGAUUCUGAAGGAGACUCUGAGGAAGAAAAGAGAUGUGUGAAAUCACCUGAUGCCUUGGUGAAAUCAGAAGAAGAUGAAGACUUACUUAAUUUUUUACAGCAGGUGGACAAUUUGCACAAGGGUUCAGAGGAUGAUAAAAAAGAGGGCUUCAGACUGCUGACUGAGAAAGAUGACAAGUACAAAAACUGUGUGGACUUUCUUUGGAGGCUUGCACGUGCUUAUGGAGAUCUGUUUGAGAUGACUACUGAUGCUGAGGAGAAGAGGAAAUAUGUAACUGAUGGAAAGAUUAAAGCUGAACAGGCUAUUCAGCUGGAUGCUGGGAGUGCUGAGAGUCACCAAUGGUUUGCAAUUAUGUGUGGCUAUAUGUCUCAGUUUGAAAGUGUACAAAACAAAAUCAGGAAUGGUUAUCUCUUUAAGGAGCACCUAGACAAGGCAAUUGAACUUAAGCCUCAAGAUCCAUUUUUAUAUUACCUAAAUGGAAGAUGGUGCUAUUCAGUAGCUCAGUUGUCUUGGCUUGAAAAGAAAGUAGCUGCUGCUCUCUUUGGGACUCCACCAACUUCAACAGUAGAAGAAGCAUUGCAGAAUUUCCUUAAGGCAGAAGAAAUGCAUCCAGGAUAUUCCAAAUGCAAUUAUGUGUAUUUGGCAAAGUGCUAUAAAGAUCUUGGCCAGAAAACCAAUGCACUGAAGUGCUGUGAUUCUGCACUGUCAAUUCUCUCAGUUACUAAUGAGCAUGACACACCUCUUGGUCUGGAAGGACUCUCUCCAAAGGAUAAAGAGGCCCAGAAAGACUUAGAGGCUUUACUUCUUACACUGAAGCUCUGAUACUACGUACUUUUAACUCUUCAUGCUGUAAUAAAAUUGUAAAACUAAAAUGAGACUGGAAACUGCGGGUAAAUUUCAGCUAAGUCAAUGAAAAAACAGUCAUUGAUUUUGGUUGGCUUGGAUCAUGGCCUUUGAGUGUCCGGAGAUUAUGGUAUUAAAAUAAUACAUUCAUUAUUGAUUAUUUAUAAACUUGUACUGAAGUUUAAUUUUAAAUUUCUGACACUGUGAGUCUGAUUCUCUGAACAUGAAGUCCACUGCUGGCAAUGGACAUACUGGGGGUUUGAAUGCAAAAGGAAUAAAUCUCACUCUUUGAAAGAUGAAUCAAUUAGUCCUUGAUGCCAGCGUAGAACUACGUGUAGCAUAAACAAACAAAAAAAAUGUUUCUAUAGUAAAUUAUAUUUAUAUCAACUAAUUUGCACAGAUGUGUACAGAAAAAAAUCAUGAAUAUUUAUGUUUACACAUUUCUCUACUCUUAAAAAAAUUACAGUCUUGUUGAAGUUAAACAAAGCUGUUGCCGCAACAAAGCUCUUUUUACUUUAAACCUAUUGUUGGUUUUACAAAGAAAUGUGAACAUUUUAUAAAUUAAAUAUUAUAAAUUAUUUGUAACAUCAAGUACAAUAUUAAAGAUAAGACAAAUUAAAUAAAGUGGUUUAGAUUAAUCUA